AUGUCCCAGUCGAAUUAUUACCAACAGCAACCCCAGCACGGCUUUAACGCACCACCGCCUCAGUACAGUCAGCAAGGCAAUGACUUAUCCGCCAACGAGAAGCUGAACCAGAACUACUACUAUGAUCGCCCCCCAGCUCCUGAACCUGGUAAGGAAACCUUUGAUGAAACAUUCAAAGUCGAGAAGCCGAAGUUCCACGACGUUCCCUUCACAAUUCUGUUUCUAGCUACAGUUGCUGGAUUUUUUGUUGUUGCGGGCAUCACUUUGAGACAUUACGCCACCUCAUAUUCGUAUGAAGGCUCUUCGAUCUACAAUGCUGGCAAUUCCUUUUCAUUGAACACCAACACCAUAGUUUUAUUUGCAUUUGUUAUUGUUGUUGCCUUAGUUCUUUCCUUGGCAACCAUUGCCGUUGCUCGAAUGUUCCCGAGGAAGUUCAUUACAAUUUCAUUGAUAUUGAAUGUCAUUCUCGGCUUGGGAACGGCAAUUGCUUACCUUGCAAAGGGCUACUACUCGGCAGGCAUUGUUUUUCUUAUCUUUGCCGCACUCACAGCAUUUUCUUACUGGACCAUGAGAGGCAGAAUUCCGUUCAGCGCGACUGUUCUUACAAUUAUUAUCGAUGUGAUGAAACAGUACCCUAGUACGUGGAUUAUUACUGCAAUUGGAUUUCUCGCAAUAGGUGCCUUUUCGGCAUUAUUCUCUGUCACUGUGGUCGCCUCGUACAUGAAAUGGGGUGACGAAACUUCCCAAGGCUAUAACCAUGCCAGAUUGGUUGGACUGCUCGUGUUUGUCUUCUUUGCGGGGUACUAUAUUAGUGAAGUGAUGAAGAAUGUUAUACAUGUCACAGUGAGUGGAAUUUUUGGUACGUGGUAUUACCUUUCGAAGUCCGACGCAGGAAUGCCUAAAUUUCAGGCCCUGGGUGCUCUGAAAAGGGCUUUGACCUAUUCUUUUGGAUCAAUUUGUUUUGGUUCGCUGAUUGUCACAUUUAUCCAGCUUUUACGUCAAGGAGUUCAAAUUGCCCGACAGAAUGCUCUGAACAACGGGGAGGGAGUUCAAGCUUGCUUGUUGCUUUGCGCCGAGUGCUUCAUUUACGUGAUCGAGUGGUUUGUGAGAUACUUCAAUCACUAUGCGUAUUCAUAUGUGGCCCUCUACGGCAAGAGUUAUCUGAAGUCUGCAAGGGACACCCAUUACAUUUUCAGCUAUAAGGGGAUGGAUGCUUUGGUCAAUGAUUGCCUGAUCGGAACAGCUUUGGGAAUGUACUGCACUUUUGUUGGAUAUGUGUCUGCCUUGCUCGCCUAUUUGUACUUGCGGUUCACCAAACCAGGCUACAACACUGAAGGUUCAUACUACGCUCCAGUGGUUGCAUUCACAUUUUUGAUUGCCUUGCAAAUAUGCAAUGUUAUUAGUUCUGUCAUCAGAUCAGGAACCGCAACGUUCUUCUUGGCACUCGCCAAGGACCCGGAGGUCUACCAAGCAAGUUAUCCCGACAGGUUCAAUGAGGUGUUCAGAGACUAUCCUGAGGUGCUAGAAAAGAUCCGUACGCGCGACUAA